UGUGCUUAAAAGCGGGGCAUGCCAGUAGUUUUAUAACCAGCCGAGUCCUCCAGCUGUCGUGACUACAAAUGACAGCCCUACCCUAAGCGACAACACAAAACUUAAGCAGGACUAGCUCUAUCUCAUCUAUUGAUCGUCUUUGCAUAGUUGGAAGAAAGCAGGAAGGGGAAACUGUUGGCGAAGAGUUCGAGGCAACGGACAUGGCUCCCACACCAGCAGACCCGCGGCUGCAGCUGCCCCCUUUCCCAAGGCGUGUGAAGGUUGCGCCUGCACCAAUUACCGAUGUGGGAACUGCCACCAACAUCGCCAAGCAGCUCACCGACGAUACCUACGCGGUGUCUCCGAGCGCACCGCUCCUGGUGUCUAAACUGCAGGACAACGCCUUUGUGUGGGGAGACCUGGUCUGCAUUGCCCCGCGCACCACUUCCAACGCACAAGACACGUCCGGCCCCUCACGCGAAGCCGGACGCCCUCCUUCCGGCACCUCUCUUCCCGCGGACCCCAGCUCAGCCGCCUCUGCCGCACAAGACCUGCCCUCCGCUGGCCUUACCACAUCGACCUCAAUAACUGUCACCGUUACCGCCGAGGCUGCACCCUGUGAACCUCUUCCUCCACCAGCAGCCCCCGGCGGCACUGGGGCUCCACUCCUUGGCCCAGCCGGGCGGUGGGCCGCCCUCAGCCUGGGCGAUAGCCACGCUGCCGGCAUCACCGCCCGGGGAGAGCUCUUCACGUGGGGCCGCAACCACCGCGGCCAAACCGGCCGAUCCACCGAGCCCGCCAGUGGCUCCCGCAC